CCGGGGCGCCGCCGCCAGCGCCAUUGAGGAGCGGCGGGGAGGAAGCGGCGCGCAGUGCCGGGCUGGGGCGGGCGCCGUUCGCGACAGAUUCUUCUGUGACCAUGAGAGAGAGAGAGAGAAAGAAUGAUCCAUGAUUUUUAAGCACCUUGUCUUGAGGAUAUAGACAUGUUGGAAGGUCUUGUAGCCUGGGUUCUCAACACCUAUCUGGGGAAGUACGUCAAUAACCUGAACACUGACCAGCUCUCUGUUGCACUUCUGAAAGGUGCCGUUGAAUUAGAAAACUUGCCAUUAAAGAAAGAUGCCCUGAAAGAACUGGAGUUACCGUUUGAAGUCAAAGCUGGCUUCAUUGGGAAAGUAACCCUUCAGAUUCCCUUUUAUCGCCCCCAUGUGGACCCUUGGGUGAUCUCCAUCUCCAGUCUUCACUUAAUUGGAGCCCCUGAAAAAAUACAGGAUUUCAACGAUGAAAAGGAGAAGCUGUUGGAAAGGGAGCGCAAGAAAGCUCUGCUGCAAGCCCUGGAGGACAAGUGGAAGAGUGAACGGCAGCAGAAAGGGGAAUCCUACUGGUAUUCAGUGACUGCCUCGGUAGUUACGAGAAUUGUGGAGAACAUUGAAUUAAAAAUUCAAGAUGUCCAUUUGCGCUUUGAAGAUGGUGUCACCAAUCCUUCCCAUCCUUUUGCGUUUGGCGUCUGCAUCAAGAAUGUGUCCAUGCAGAAUGCUGUCAGCGAGCCUGUACAGAAAUUAAUGCGGAAAAAGCAAUUAGAUGUGGCAGAAUUUAGCAUCUAUUGGGACGUCGAUUGCACUUUACUGGGGAAUUUGCCUCAGGUGGAGUUACAGGAGGCCAUGGACAAGAGCAUGGAGAGUCGUGAUCAUCACUACAUCUUGGAGCCUGUGUGCGCAUCUGCUCUUUUGAAGAGAAACUGCUCCAAGGAGCCCCUGAGGUCUCGGCACACUCCCCGCAUGGAGUGUGAUAUUCAGCUGGAGACCAUUCCCUUGAAACUCUCUCAGCUGCAAUACCGGCAAAUCAUGGAAUUCCUCAAGGAGCUGGAACGAAAGGAGAGGCAGGUCAAGUUCCGAAAAUGGAAACCCAAAGUGGCCAUAUUUGAGAACUGCCGAGAGUGGUGGUAUUUUGCUUUGAACGCGAACCUGAAUGAGAUCCGAGAGCAGAGGAAGCGUUGUACCUGGGACUUCUUGUUACACCGCGCCCGCGAUGCUGUAUCUUACACUGACAAGUACUUCAGCAAAUUAAAAGGAGGCUUGCUGUCUGCCGACGACAAGGAAGAAAUGUGUCGAAUUGAAGAGGAACAGAGCUUUGAAGAAUUGAAGAUUUUGCGUGAGCUGGUUCAUGAACGGUUUCACAAACAGGAAGAACUGGCAGAGAGCCUGCGAGAGCCUCAGUUUGGUUCUCCCGGAGACUCUCCUGGAGACCCCGAGGCCGGCGGAGGCAGCGGGAUGCUGCAGUACCUGCAGUCCUGGUUCCCCGGCUGGGGCGGCUGGUAUGGGCAGCAGACGCCUGAAGGGAAGCCAGCGGAGGGCCUGCCCGCAGAGCAGCCGGAGCAGUGGACUCCGGAGGAGAUCCUGGGCACCGAGGAGUUUUUCGACCCCACUGCAGACGCCUCUUGUUUGAACACGUAUACGAAGCGGGAUCACGUCUUUGCGAAACUGAACCUGCAGUUGCAGCGGGGAACCGUGACUCUGUCACACCAGGAGCAAGGGACCCCCCAGACAGACGAAAGUGCCUUCAUGCAGCUUGAGUUUUCAGAUGUGAAACUUCUAGCAGAAUCUCUUCCUCGAAGAAACUCCUCCUUGCUUUUAGUCCGGUUGGGUGGACUGUUUCUCCGAGACGUGGCCACAGAAGGAACUAUGUUUCCUCUUCUGGUCUUCCCUAACCCACAAAAGGAAGUUGGCAGAGUCUCACAGUCUUUUGGUCUCCAGACAACAUCUGCAGACAGAAGUGAUCAUUACGCUGCUGCGGAUCCAGAUGACCCAGUUUUUGAGAUGCUGUAUGAGAGAAAUCCAGCACACAGUCAUUUUGAGAGGCGGCUGAACGUCAGCACGAGGCCCUUGAACAUCAUCUAUAACCCCCAGGCUAUUAAAAAAGUAGCAGACUUUUUCUACAAGGGAAAGGUCCAUACCUCAGGUUUUGGUUAUCAGUCUGAACUUGAGUUGAGAGUGGCUGAAGCUGCCCGAAGACAGUAUAACAAACUGAAGAUGCAGACCAAGGCAGAAAUCCGACAGACUCUCGAUCGUUUGCUAGUGGGUGAUUUCAUUGAGGAGAGUAAACGGUGGACUGUGCGACUAGAUAUCUCUGCCCCUCAGGUGAUAUUUCCUGAUGAUUUCAAGUUCAGGAAUCCUGUCUUAGUUGUUGUGGAUCUAGGAAGAAUGCUGCUGACAAAUACCCAAGAUGACUCCAAGAGGAAAGGUGGGGAUGGCUCAGCAUCUGAAGAGAAUCAGUUUAGUGAUGAUGAAUAUAAGACCCCUCUUGCCACACCCCCUAACACCCCACCUCCCGAGAUAAGCAGCAGUAAUGGGGAGAAAACACCUCCAUUUUCUGGAGUUGAAUUCAGUGAAGAGCAGCUUCAAGCUCAUUUAAUGAGCACAAAGAUGUAUGAGAGGUACUCCCUGUCAUUUAUGGACCUCCAGAUCAUGGUUGGGCGAGUGAAGGACAAUUGGAAGCAUGUCCAGGAUAUUGACGUGGGACCAACCCAUGUGGUUGAGAAGUUCAAUGUUCACCUACAGUUAGAACGUCGAUUGAUUUAUACUUCAGAUCCCAAGUACCCUGGAGCUGUGCUCUCUGGCAACCUUCCAGACUUAAAAAUCCACAUCAAUGAAGAUAAAAUAUCUGCGCUAAAGAAUUGCUUUGCUCUCCUGACCACCCCAGAAAUGAAGACUUCUGACACUCACAUUAAAGAGAAGAUUUUUCCCCAGGAGGGACAGCGGGGAAGUUUGCAGGACUCCGUGAUGAAUUUAACGCAGAGCUUUGUGACGUUGGAGCAGCAUACCCGGGAGGUUCUGGUGGAGUCCCAGCUCCUCCUGGCCGAGUUUAAAGUGAACUGUAUGCAGCUUGGUGUUGAGAGCAAUGGCCGGUACAUUUCCGUGCUCAAGGUGUUUGGUACCAAUGCUCACUUUGUGAAGAGGCCUUAUGAUGCUGAAGUCUCCCUAACCGUUCAUGGUUUGCUCCUGGUGGACACCAUGCAGACAUACGGUGCUGAUUUUGACCUUUUGAUGGCUUCACAUAAGAACUUGAGCUUUGAUAUCCCAACAGGAAGCCUCCGGGAUAGUAGGGCCCAGUCUCCUGUCUCUGGAUCCAAUGUGGCCCACUUCACUAAUGCUGCUACGCUGAAUGACCAGUCAGCUCUCGGUGUCUCACUGGACAGAGUUCUCACCAAAGAACAGGAGUCCCUCAUUAAACUGGAAUAUCAGUUUGUGAGUUCAGAGUGUCCAUCGAUGAAUUUGGACAGCACUCUCCAGGUGAUUUCCUUACAGGUGAAUAAUUUGGAUAUUAUCCUAAAUCCAGAGACAAUUGUGGAGCUGAUUGGUUUUCUUCAAAAAUCCUUUCCCAAGGAAAAAGAUGAUUUGAGUCCUCAACCUUUAAUGACUGAUUUUGAAAGAAGCUUUAGGGAACAAGGAACUUACCGAUCUACAUAUGAACAAAACACUGAGGUUGCAGUGGAAAUCCACAGACUUAACUUACUGCUCCUUCGGACACUAGGAAUGGCAAAUGGAGAGAAAUAUGGCAGAAAAAUAGCAACAGCCAGUAUAGGUGGCACCAAAGUUAACGUCUCAAUGGGUAGCACAUUUGACAUGAAUGGUUCUCUUGGCUGUUUGCAGCUUAUGGAUUUGACACAAGAUAAUGUUAAGAGCCAGUAUGUCGUCAGCAUUGGGAAUUCCAUAGGCUAUGAAAAUAUCAUGAGUGACAUUGGCUACUUUGAAUCUGUCUUUGUCAGAAUGGAGGAUGCAGCCCUCAGUGAAGCACUGAGUUUCACAUUUGUUGAGAAAUCUAAACAGGAGUGUUCUCUCAACCUCAAGAUGGCUUCCUUGCAUUAUAGCCACUCUGCUAAAUUUUUGAAGGAGUUGACGUUGUCCAUGGACGAACUGGAGGAGAAUUUUCGAAGUAUGCUGAAAAGUGCAGCCACCAAAGUCACCACGGUCCUCGCCACCAAGACAGCCGAGUACAGUGAGAUGGUGUCGCUCUUUGAAACUCCAAGGAAGAUGCGGGAAUCCUGUAUCUUAGAGGAGAACGAAGCAUGUGGGUUUGGCUUAGCUGCGUCCCAUUCUGACACCGUGAAGCUAAUCUUGAACGUGAACAUCGAAUCCCCGGUGGUCUCUGUCCCUCGGAAGCCUGGGAGUCCUGAGUUGUUGGUAGGACACUUGGGACAGAUAUUCAUCCGGAAUUUUGUGGCAGGAGAUGAUGAAUCCAGAAGUGACCGUCUGCAGGUGGAAAUCAAAGACAUUAAAUUAUAUUCUUUGAAUUGCACCCAGUUGGCAGGCAGAGAGGGUCCUGGGUCUGAAGUAGGCCGGACAUUUUGCCCUCCUGGGUCGGCCAGCGCCAACAGUCAGGAGGAAGCUCACUUCACCCGACAUGAUUUCUUUGAAUCUUUGCAUAGAGGCCAAGCUUUUCACAUCCUGAAUAACACCACCAUUCAGUUUAAACUGGAGAAGAUCCCUAUAGAGAGAGAAUCUGAAUUGACUUUCUCCCUCAGUCCAGAUGACCUGGGAACUUCUAGCAUCAUGAAGAUCGAAGGAAAGUUCGUCAAUCCUGUUCAGGUAGUGUUAGCAAAGCAUGUAUAUGAGCAGGUUUUACAGACGCUGGACAAUCUCGUGUAUAGUGAAGACCUGAGUAAGUUUCCAGUCAGUGCUGCCUCCUCGCCUUGCCCCAGUUCUCCCCUGCCCACCCUCAGCACCUGUGGAGAACCUUCCAUUGAAAGGAAGGAGAACGGAUUGUUCAGCCACUCCAGCCUUUCUAACUCUUCUCAAAAGUCCUUGUCUCUGAAGGAGGUCAGAUCCUUUACCCAGAUUCAAGCCAACUUUUGUAUAUCAGAGCUUCAAGUUCAGCUAAGUGGAGAUCUGACUUUGGGGGCCCAGGGUCUUGUGAGCUUAAAGUUUCAGGAUUUUGAGGUGGAAUUCAAUAAAGACCAUCCUCAGACUUUAUCCAUUCAGAUUGCCCUGCGCUCUCUGCUCAUGGAAGACUUGUUGGAGAAAAAUCCAGAUUCCAAGUAUAAGAACCUGAUGGUGUCUCGGGGAGCCCCUAAGCCGUCUAGUUUGGCACAGAAAGAGUAUCUUUCUCAGUCUUGCCCUUCAGUGUCCAACGUGGAGUACCCUGACAUGCCGCGUUCCCUCCCUUCCCACAUGGAAGAAGCUCCUAAUGUCUUCCAGCUGUAUCAGAGACCCACCUCGGCGUCCCGGAGGAAGCAGAAGGAAGUCCAAGACAAGGACUACCCCUUGACCCCACCUCCUUCUCCGACGGUAGACGAGCCCAAGAUACUUACUGGAAAGAGUAAAUUUGAUGAUUCCUUGGUCCAUAUCAAUAUAUUCUUGGUGGAUAAGAAACAUCCAGAAUUUUCUUCUGGUUAUAAUCGAGUUAACCGGAGCGUUGAUGUUGACUUCAACUGCUUGGAUGUGCUGAUCACACUGCAGACCUGGGUCGUGAUCCUAGAUUUUUUUGGAAUUGGCUCCACUGCAGACAACCAUGCGAUGAAGGUGCCGCCCGAGGACAUUCUGCAGAACGCGAAGUCAGCCUCAGAUGCUGUAGCAGAGUCUGAACUGCAGGAGCCAGUUAACACGAAGCUGGACCUCAAGGUUCAUUCACUCUCUCUCGUGCUCAAUAAGACCACCAGUGAACUUGCUAAAGCGAAUGUGUCCAAAUUAGUGGCACACCUGGAAAUGAUCGAGGGGGACCUGGCCUUGGAGGGGAGUCUCGGGAGCCUGUCCCUCAGUGACCUCACGGCCCACGGAGAGCUCUACAGGGAGCGCUUCACUACCAGCGGGGAGGAGGCUCUCAUCUUCCAGACUUUUAAAUAUGGGCGGCCUGACCCUCUGCUCCGGAGAGAGCACGACAUCCGAGUGAGCCUGCAGAUGGCCUCCGUGCAGUACGUGCACACUCAGCGCUUCCAGGCCGAGGUGGUGGCCUUCAUUCAGCAUUUCACCCAGCUGCAAGAUGUCCUAGGGCGCCAGCGAGCUGCUAUUGAGGGGCAGACGGUGAGAGAUCAAGCCCAGCGCUGUUCACGGGUUCUCCUGGAUAUUGAGGCCGGUGCUCCUGUUCUCCUUAUCCCGGAAAGUUCUAGAUCAAAUAAUCUGAUUGUAGCAAAUUUGGGGAAGUUGAAAGUCAAGAACAAGUUUCUCUUUGCUGGUUUUCCUGGGACCUUUUCCUUACAGGAUAAGGAAUCUGUGCCUUCAGCUUCCCCAACGGGUACGCCCAAACACAGUCUGAGGAAAACAACCAGUGCGGAGGAGCCGAAGGGGACCCAUUCCCAGGGGCUAUUCGUGAUGCCUCCUGCGGGAAUGAGUCUAGGCAGCCUGAAGAGUGAGUUUGUGCCCAGCACCUCGACCAAGCAGCACAGGCAACAAGCCACACCCUCUGUCGGCCAGGUUUCCAGCAGUCCAGAAGACCAUGUCUGCCUGCUGGAUUGCAUUGUUGUGGAUCUACAAGACAUGGACAUCUUUGCUGCAGAGAGACAUCCACGAGAGUAUUCUAAGGCCUCAGAAGACAACAGUGGAGACCUGAUCUUUCCCUCCUAUUUUGUACGACAGACAGGAGGAAGCCUCUUAACUGAGCCUUGUAGGCUGAAAUUGCAAGUGGAAAGGAACUUGGACAAAGAAAUAAGUCAUACUGUGCCAGACAUAUCUAUCCAUGGCAAUCUCUCCUCAGUUCACUGCUCCCUGGACUUGUACAAAUACAAGCUGAUCCGUGGUUUGUUAGAGAACAACCUUGGAGAACCCAUAGAGGAGUUUAUGCGGCCUUAUGAUCUGCAAGAUCCGAGAAUUCACACUAUUCUGAGUGGAGAGGUGUACACGUGCAUGUGUUUCCUCAUUGAUAUGGUGAAUGUAAGUCUGGAGCUGAAAGACCCAAAAGGAAGAGAAGGCGCUGGGUCCCUGGCCAGGUUUGACUUCAAGAAAUGUAAACUGCUGUAUGAGAGUUUUUCCAACCAAACCAAGUCCGUUAACUUGGUUUCCCAUUCCAUGAUGGCUUUUGACACGCGCUAUGCUGGGCAGAAGACCAGUCCUGGCGUGACAAACGUAUUCAGCUGUGUCUUUCAGCCCUCCAAGAACAGCGGCACUACCCAAGGAUCCAUUCAGAUCGAGCUGCAUUUCAGAUCUACGAAGGAUUCCUCCUGUUUUACGGUCGUUCUGAACAAUCUCCGUGUGUUUCUCAUAUUUGACUGGCUGCUGUUAGUCCAUGAUUUUCUCCACACUCCCAGUGACAUGAAGAAACAAGCUAAUGUUACUCCUUCUCGCCACCGUAACUCUAGCAGCGAAUCUGCUACAGUUCCCAAAACUGUGAAAAGUGGAGUAGUUACCAAGCGGUCUUCUCUUCCUGUGUCCACUGAAAGGCACCUGGAGGUCAAGGUCAAUGUAACAGGCACGGAGUUUGUGGUCGUGGAGGAUGUGUCCUGCUUUGAUACCAAUGCCAUUAUUCUCAAAGGCACCACAGUGCUCACCUAUAAGCCCCGAUUUGUUGAUCGCCCCUUUUCAGGAAGUUUGUUUGGCAUUGAGGUAUUUUCAUGCCGACUAGGGAAUGAGCACGAUACAGCUCUCUCGAUUGUUGAUCCGGUACAAAUUCAAGUGGAGCUGGUGGGCAAUUCUUCUUAUCAGAAUAGUUCGGGAUUGAUGGAUGCGUUCAAUAGUGAAGAUUUUCCACCUGUCUUAGAGAUUCAGUUACAAGCUCUGGAUAUCAGACUCUCCUAUAAUGAUGUUCAGCUGUUUCUUGCCAUUGCAAAAUCCAUCCCAGAGCAAGCCAACCCUGCAGCACCGGGCGCCGCGGCCUGGGAGGCCGGUGCUGGGGGCAGCUACCCUCCGGGUGCGGCUCGAGUUGGAGAGGAAGUCAAAGAAGGGACCAGACAUACCUUAGAUCCUAUCUUGGAGUUACAGCUAGCUAGACUGCAGGAACUGGGGUUCAGCAUGGAGGAUUGCCGCAAAGCUCUUCUGGUGUGUCAAGGCCAAUUGAAAAAGGCAGCAAGUUGGUUGUUUAAGAAUGCUGAACCUCUGAAGUCCCUUUCCCUGGCCUCUAACAGCCGAGAGAGCCAGGGGACUGUGCCGGCACAGCUGAUCUCGGGAGUGGAGAUUAAAGCCGAGAGCGUGUGCAUCUGUUUCAUCGAUGACUGCAUGGAUUGUGACGUGCCUCUCGCCGAGCUCACCUUUUCCCGUCUGAAUUUUCUUCAGCGUGUAAGAGCCAGCCCCGAAGGCCACGCCCACUUUAUCCUUUCUGGAGAUUAUUAUAACCGUGCACUAUCAGGCUGGGAGCCAUUUAUUGAGCCAUGGCCGUGCUCUGUAUCCUGGCAACAACAGGCAGCUAGUCGUCUCCAUCCUCCUCGACUGAAGCUGGAAGCCAAGGCCAAACCCCGUUUGGAUAUCAAUAUCACUUCUGUACUAAUUGACCAGUAUGUAAGUACCAAGGAGUCGUGGAUGGCGGAUUACUGUAAACAAGACCAGGAAGCAGGCUCGGCUGCGUCAGAAGACUGGAUGGGCUCUUCCGUGGAUCCUCCAUGCUUUGGACAAAGCCUCCCCCUUGUCUACCUUAGAACUAGGAGUACAGCCAGUCUGACUAACCUAGAGCACCAGAUCUAUGCUGGAGCAGAGGUGAAAACCCCCAAGCGCCGGCAGCCCUUCGUCCCUUUUGCUCUGAGGAAUCACACAGGCUGCACUUUGUGGUUUGCCACCCUGACCACCACACCUACCAGGGCUGCACUGUCUCACAGUGGGAGUCCAGGAGUGGUUCCAGAAGGGAACGGAACCUUUCUUGAUGAUGCUCACAAUGUUAGUGAAUGGCGGGAAGUCCUCACAGGUGAAGAGAUUCCCUUUGAAUUUGAAGCAAGAGGAAAGCUAAGACACAGACACACCCAUGACCUCCGGAUUCACCAACUGCAAGUGAGAGUAAACGGCUGGGAGCAAGUGAGCCCAGUGUCUGUGGACAAAGUCGGGACAUUUUUCCGAUAUGCAGCACCAGAUAAGAAUUCAUCUUUCUCUACGAUUGGCAGCCCAAGCAGCCGAACAAAUAUUAUUCAUCCCCAGGUUUAUUUCUCUUCCCUCCCGCCUGUCCGGGUGGUCUUUGCAGUGACUAUGGAAGGCAGUGCUCGGAAAGUGAUCACUGUCCGGUCAGCCCUGAUUGUGAAGAACAGACUUGAGACGCCGAUGGAACUGAGACUGGACAGCCCAUCAGCUCCAGACAAGCCCGUGGUGCUUCCUGCCAUCAUGCCAGGGGAUUCGUUCGCCGUGCCUUUGCACCUCACUUCUUGGCGGCUACAGGCCCGGCCCAAAGGAUUGGGUGUGUUUUUCUGUAAGGCUCCUAUUCACUGGACCAAUGUACUGAAGACUACAGAGGUUAGUAGCAGCAAAAGAGAGUGCCACUCUAUGGACACGGAGAAAAGCCGAUUCUUCAGGUUUUGUGUGGCCAUAAAGAAAGAGAAUUAUCCAGACUACAUGCCCUCAAACAUAUUUUCCGACAGUGCAAAACAGAUUUUCAGACAGCCGGGGCACACCAUAUAUCUCCUGCCAACUGUGGUCGUCUGUAACUUGCUGCCUUGUGAGCUUGACUUUUAUGUUAAAGGAAUGCCGAUCCAUGGGACACUGAAGCCCGGCAGAGAGGCGGCCCUGCACACAGCCGACACGUCUCAGAACAUGGAACUGGGGGUAUCACUGGAGAAUUUUCCACUCUGUAAAGAAUUGCUCAUUCCACCUGGAACCCAAAACUAUAUGGUAAGAAUGCGACUCUAUGAUGUCAACCGGCGGCAGCUGAACCUCACCAUCCGGAUUGUGUGUCGAGCAGAAGGAUCCUUAAAGAUCUUCAUUUCUGCUCCAUAUUGGCUGAUCAACAAAACAGGGUUACCGCUGAUCUUCAGACAGGACAACACAAAGACGGAUGCUGCAGGCCAGUUUGAGGAACAUGAGCUGGCCCGGAGCCUGAGCCCACUCUUGUUCUGCUACGCUGACAAAGAGCAGCCAAACCUCUGCACGAUGAGAGUCGGAAGGGGGAUUCAUCCUGAAGGCAUGCCGGGCUGGUGUCAGGGCUUCUCGCUGGAUGGUGGUAAUGGUGUCCGAGCUUUGAAAGUCAUCCAGCAAGGAAACCGCCCAGGGCUGAUCUAUAACAUUGGUAUUGAUGUCAAGAAAGGCCGAGGUCGAUAUAUUGACACCUGUAUGGUUAUCUUUGCCCCCCGUUACCUGUUAGAUAAUAAAUCAUCUCACAAGCUUGCAUUUGCACAGAGGGAAUUUGCCAGGGGACAGGGAACGGCCAAUCCUGAAGGUUACAUCUCCACCCUUCCUGGUUCCAGCGUGGUGUUCCAUUGGCCUCGGAAUGACUACGACCAACUGUUGUGUGUCAGACUGAUGGAUGUUCCCAAUUGUAUUUGGUCUGGAGGCUUCGAAGUCAACAAAAAUAAUUCCUUCCAUAUCAACAUGAGAGAUACCCUGGGAAAAUGCUUCUUCCUACGCGUGGAAAUUACUCUCCGAGGAGCUACCUAUAGGAUCUCAUUUAGUGACACGGAUCAGUUACCCCCUCCCUUCCGAAUUGACAACUUCUCUAAGGUCCCGGUCGUCUUUACUCAGCAUGGGGUGGCUGAACCCAGGCUCCGAACUGAAGUGAAGCCCAUGACUUCAUUGGAUUAUGCCUGGGACGAACCUACACUGCCACCUUUUAUCACUCUGACUGUGAAAGGGGCAGGUUCCUCUGAGAUCAGCUGCAACAUGAAUGAUUUCCAGGAUAACCGACAGCUUUAUUAUGAAAAUUUCAUUUACAUUGCUGCUACAUAUACAUUCUCUGGUUUACAGGAGGGGACAGGAAGGCCUGUGGCUUCCAACAAGGCCGUUACCUGUGCGGAGCUCGUCUUGGACGUCUCACCAAAGACACAAAGAGUCAUUUUAAAGAAAAAGGAGCCAGGGAAGCGUUCCCAGCUGUGGAGGAUGACUGGAACAGGCAUGCUGGCCCACGAGGGCUCUUCGGUGCCUCACAACCCCAAUAAGCCCCUAGCAGCCCGCUCUGCCGAGGGGUCUGCCAUCUUAGAUAUUGCUGGACUUGCUGCAGUAACGGACAACAGAUAUGAGCCACUGAUGCUGAGAAAGCCUGAUCGCAGGCGAAGCACCACUCAGACGUGGAAUUUUCGAGAAGGAAAACUGACAUGUGGGUUACAUGGACUGGUGGUCCAGGCCAAAGGAGGGCUUUCUGGUCUGUUUGAUGGAGCUGAAGUUGUUCUUGGUCCCGACACUUCCAUGGAGCUUUUGGGGCCAGUUCCACCCGAACAACAAUUUAUUAACCAAAAGAUGAGGCCUGGUUCUGGAAUGUUAUCCAUCCGAGUCAUCCCAGAUGGACCAACUAGAGCACUCCAGAUAACAGAUUUCUCCCAACGGAAAAGUGACCGUUCAUCAUAUGAAGUGGAUGAACUUCCUGUUACUGAACAAGAGCUGCAGAAAUUAAAGAAUCCAGAUACAGAGCAGGAAUUGGAAGUGCUUGUGAAGUUAGAAGGUGGAAUUGGGUUGUCCUUAAUUAAUAAAGUCCCAGAAGAACUGGUCUUUGCAAGUCUCACAGGAAUCAAUGUGCACUAUACACAGCUGGCAACCAGUCAUAUGCUUGAACUCAGCAUACAGGAUGUACAGGUGGACAAUCAGCUCAUUGGUACCACUCAGCCCUUCAUGCUCUACGUGACUCCCCUGAGCACUGAGAAUGAGGUCAUCGAGACGGGCCCUGCCGUGCAGGUGAACGCGGUGAAGUUCCCCAGUAAGAGUGCGCUGACCAAUAUCUACAAGCAUCUGAUGAUCACAGCUCAGAGAUUCACAGUGCAAAUUGAAGAGAAACUGCUCCUCAAGCUGCUAAGUUUCUUUGGCUAUGAUCAAGCAGAAUCAGAGGUGGAAAAAUAUGAUGAAAACCUCCAUGAAAAGACAGUUGAGCAAGGUGGAACACUGAUUCGCUACUACUUUGAAAAUCUCAAAAUCAGCAUUCCCCAGAUCAAGCUAAGUGUGUUCACCUCCAACAAGCUACCGUUGGAUCUUAAGGCCCUGAAAAGUACCUUGGGAUUUCCAUUGAUUCGGUUUGAAGACGCUGUGAUUAAUCUGGAUCCGUUCACUCGGGUACAUCCCUAUGAGACCAAGGAGUUCAUCAUCAAUGAUAUUCUCAAACAUUUCCAGGAGGAACUCCUCAGCCAGGCAGCUCGGAUCCUAGGAUCAGUGGACUUUCUUGGCAAUCCCAUGGGCCUUUUAAAUGAUGUUUCUGAAGGGGUUACUGGACUGAUAAAGUAUGGAAAUGUCGGGGGCCUUAUCAGAAAUGUUACACAUGGAGUAUCAAACUCUGCUGCCAAGAGCAGGCCCUCAGGGAGCAGUGGUGGCCAUGGUCCUUCUUGUGCUAGAUUGGUUAUGACCAUCCCCAUCUCCUGGAUAAGACUAAGAACCUACAUGACUGCAAACGUGGUUUUACUCAUGCGAUAUCAUUUGAUCGUCAAAUAACCGGCUCGGGAGAGAGAAUAGGGAGUAUUAGCCCCAUUAUAUGAAUGAAGAAACUGAGGCCCUGAGAGGUAAGGUGACUUGCUCAAGGUCAACCAGGUAAGUGCAGAGCCAAGACCUGACCUUCUGCACUAGUGUCUUACUUCUCAUUGUUAGUUACACUUUUGAGAGAUUACUAACUGCUUGAUUUGUUCUAGACAUGCCUCUAUAUAUUACAAAAUAAAAACGACGAGAAAAACAAAAAGCCCUGCCUACUUGCAGAAUGAACUUGGAUGACUUUUAGGAAAACCAUGUGAAGAUAAAUACAGGCAAGUUAAGUGAGAAGGAGAAAGAGAGAGAGAAAGAGAUUGAGACUGUUCAGAUUGUCCAGUGGGAAACCUAGCAGGACUUUAAAUAGUAUUUUGUUCCAUUUCUUUGGUCUCUAUUUGGGGUACAGUGCAUGGAGGAGCCUCUGCCCUUCCAAGAGAACCUUUCUCUGGCCCUUUGUGCCCAGAAGACCAGAUCCAGGGCAUAGCAGCGACCCAGAGGAAACUGACUUCCAUGUCCCCGCCCCACAAGUCCUCAGCCAGCCUGCCGUUAGCCAGCCUCCUGUCGCAUGCACUGUGCGGGCAGCGGGGUCCAUCUGCCUUUUGUUUAAGAAACAGCAUUUGUGUUUGUUUUGUAGGCAGUUUAUUUAUAAGGCUCAAACAAGACUAAAAGCACUGUUUAUUCAAGGCAAAAGUUUUAUCUUUGCACAAAAGAAUGUACUGAGUGCCUGCCUGUGUGGAUUCUGAAGGGGAAAAAGCAAUUUAUGACUUGUAUCUGUUUUUGUCAUUAUGUAUGACUGUUCCAUUUUAUAGUCAAGCUGAUUAUCCCCAUAAUAGCUUUUCCAUGUACCAUGUAGGUGAAUGCCUUCUUAGAAGCAUUGGGGUUUUAGUGUAUUUAAGUUGGCACAAAACUUCAGGUCAGAUGAAAUUCACUUCACACAGUGAUCUAUCCCUCAGAGAAUGUAGAGUUUUCUAUUUUCAAAAAGACUUUGAUCCUAAAUAAGUCACCCAAGGGAUUUCUUUUCCAGCCAAGAGGAGGUGCCUUCAAGUUGUUGCAUAUAGAGAAAUGACGCAAAUUCUUGGCAACAGAGUUUUUGUUUUAUUUUCCUCUGAUAACCUUGAAUACUAAAAUGAUUCCCUUAGUCUGAGCCCUUUUUGGGUACAGGCAAAUUUUAGAUGCUGGAUGACCCAUCCAUGACCUGUUCUAACAUGGUCAAAUCUCAAAUAUCUAUGGGAAUUGGAAGUGUGUUGGGCGGGGGAGUGAUGGCGUGAGAAUCACAUGAGUGACCACAAUUCCAAGUCAGUCCCCACCUACCCUAUUGGGCAGCCUUGCUCAUGAGGGAGCUCGGAGCACGGGGUUUAGCUGUGCCCUCUUUCCACCUUAAUCCAGCAGCUCAGUAGCUGGAAGUAGCAGGGCAAUGACACCACCAUUCAAGCUCUAGUUUUAAAACAGAAAGAUUGGAAAAGUUUAAAACUUGUCUUCAUUUCCUAAUAGUAGUUCAGUUAAGAAUCUGAUCCUUAAGUUAUCUUCUUAGACUGAGCAUCUCAUGUUUCAGAGGAAUUCACUCUGUCUUCCAAAACUGCAGUCUGUGUGGUGGAAAAGGAUGUUCAGUUGCUAAAUUGAAAAGGCAGGAAAUAUCUGUGUCCCCCGAAGAGCAGUGGUUUUCUGCUCCAGUGUAAACAGAGAGUAGAAGAAGAGUGCGCUCAAGCUUGCUUAGGUCGACUGGAAAGAGUUCCCCCGGGCGUACGUGGUGGUGCAUCCCUUUGCUGCAUUUCAGUAUUAAUCGUAUCAGUAUUUGGCCUUUCUUGAAAAAUUGUGACAAACUUAAGGUGAGACAAACUAUAACCCAUUUUAAUAAACAUAUAGAGGACAAAUCAAAUUCUAAUUCUGGGCAGUAAAAGGUCAAGACACUCACUUUGGGGGGAAGGUCCUUUUUAUUUUCCUUUACUUCUUUCUCCUUUAUAAUUACUAUCUCUGUAAGUCUCUCUCCAUUUUGAAGAAAAGCUAAAUCAAAGUGCUUUCUUAAGAGAAAGAGAGGAUUCCUUGGUCAAUAUCAUCCUUAAAAAUCAGAAAGGAAGUGGAUAACAUAGCCAGCAUUUAUUGAAUGACUACCCUAUGCCAGGUGUGACACUAGGAGCUUUACGUCGGCUGCCUCAUUUAAUUUUCACAGGUCCCCGUAAGGAAGGAAGCAUUGUCUCCGUUUUACAGACGAGAAAAAUAAGACCACAGCAGUCAGUUCCCUCGACUAAAGGUUAAUAGUGAGUGAGUGUUGGAGCCACAAGUUUUAGAAGAAAGUGAAUUUAGGAGUCUGCCUAGAUGUUUUUCCUCCCCACAGUGCAGUUUCUCAGAUAUAAGGUCUGCCAAACCCAGACCAUUGUAGAAGCUAAAACACAAGCAGUUGGAAACAAUAUCUGUUAAAAGUAAAACUCAAACACCUUUCCAUUCACUCCCAUCUUGAGCUCCUCUGCGUUGUUCCUUGGGGUUUUCCAACUGCAAUUUCUAGACUUUCCGAGUUAAUCUUUACUAUCUGGGAAUCCCAAUCUUAUGUCAAAGGAUUGAAAUGGGAGAAAAGGAGAGAGUUUUCUUUAACAAAACAGAAAAUGCAUGACUCAAAAGCAUUUGAGCAAGCUGACUGUACUUUCUCACACCUGGUGUGCUCACCGAGAUUUAGUCACAUUUAAAUAACGCAGGAUUGUUGCACGGAGGCCUCUGCUGCUCCGCCCAGGAGCUGACCAGAGGUCGGCGCUCCAGUGUGUGCUCCAGUAGCCAUCUUCUCGAAAUGCACAUGCUCGAUUGUAAUUUCCUUGAGCCAUUUCCUGAACUUUACCACUUUAAGCAUUUCUAAGCACCUAGGAUGUCAUUUUAAAAUAAGAAUAUUUGGGUUUUCGGCAUAGAGUACAUGAAAUUAGGGAGACUUGUGCUUUCCCACUGUCAAUUAAUGGCGGAAAAUAAACACAUUCUCUCCAGUUGUCCUUUUCUUUCCUUUCUCACCUCUUCUUAGUCUGUAGUACAGCUUUUCAAAUUUCGUCGGGAGGUUUAUGUCUCUGAGUUCUGCCAGCAGAUUGGCUUUCUGAUGCUUUGCCGUGCCAUUGUGUGAGUUAGGAAGCAAGAUGGAGAACACUGAGGAUAUUGUGUUGUUCCUGAGAGUUUUGUGGUUAGUUUUAUUGACCUGUUCUAUGGUUUGCCUUUUGGAGGAAAGGAGAAGUAAGAUUAACUUGUUAGAGUUUAAUCAUUCCUAUUGGAAUAAUAAUAGUUCUUUAUGUUUGUCUUGAUUUUUAGUUGUCGAUGAUGCGUUUGUAGGUCUCUGUUCCUUUCUGUAAGCCUGAAACCAGGCAGGAGAUGUAUUGUUGCCACCGCCACCGCCGUGAAGGAACUGAGGUCCAGCGGAAGUAGAUAGCUUGCUCAGACAGCCAGACCGAAGUGGCAGAGCUUCGGACGCCUUUGGUCUCCUGACUCCUAGAACACUGCUGGACCCCUUGAAUCUUACCUGAUAUAUAGAAACUGACAUCUCCGUGGCAGACUGGGGUUUUCUGUCGUCAGUGUUGUCCGUGAGCCUUGGUAGCAUGUCCUUCCCUGCAGAGUGGGUUGCAGAGAACACCGGUGGAGAAAAAUGCAUCUUUCCCCUUUAGAGGCUUACGGAAUCGUUCAUUAACUGUGAUGCUGUUUAUGUGAAAGAUUUGGGAGCUCACAAACAGGGUGUGUGACGAGGAGAAUUCUUGGAACAGAGUUUUUUGUGGAGUGGAGAGUGGUAGGGAGAAAAAUGUAAGCUUAUGUCGGGACAUUACAUGAAGUAAUCUCUGCCUUGUUGGAGGUGAGGGGAAAUCCCCCAUAAGAGAGACCGUGGAAGGAAAGAAAGGUACUUCCAGAAGGGACGAGAGUCUGUCUUUCCUCACAGCCAGAUGAUGACACGUCCAGGCCUAACUCCUCAGGGAGGCUCAGGGUCCUGCCGUGGCGACUCGGAGGCACAGCUGGUCAGUGGGUCACAGCAGAGCCGCACCACACUGCAUCAGACGGGCACGCGGGAAACAUGGCUUCUCUUUUUCUUUCCUGUUAAAUACCAGUGGGGAAGCCUUCCUGUGCCAUUUCUAAGAAUAGGAAAUUUCCUACUUAGGCACAUGAGGAGGGUGGAGAUCAGCUCAAAAACUCAGGGCCAACUGGGGAGUCAAGGGGAGUAGAGAGAAGGUGGCAGGAAGCUGCCCACUGGAUCACUUUCUGUCCCUGCCACUGCCUGCUCCCUCCUCACCUUUGCGCCUUUGCUCAUCAGUUAACUCUGUUUGCAGUGCCCCUCUCCCCAUCUCUGGCCAAAUGGUUCCAGGUGCCAACCUGGAACAGUCCAAUCCAAAUGUUCUAGAAGAUUCUUCCCACUCUAAAUUCCCAGGGCACUUUGUGCUUCCAUUAAGGCAGUGACCACAUUUUUCCUUGGAAAAUAAUAACCACUUGUGCACGUCUCAAACAUCCAUUCAGCAAACACUGGAUCAUUGUCAAUUAGGUGCUAGGUGCUGUGGCAGGCACUUAGGAAAGUCAGACUUAAAAAACAAUUUUUUUUGAGGGAUAUGGAAUAGCUAAGGCAGACAAGAAGUAAGUAAUCAUAAUACAGAGAGAGUAAGUAUUGCAACUGGGAUCUGUGCAAGAUAUUUGCAGUUCUAUGAGAUAAGUGCUGUGGGGCCCAAAGAAAGAACACUUUAUUCUCUUCCUCAAGGAUGAGAUCGGCUUGAGACGAAAUGUGUGAUGCAAUUGUCUGUCUGUUCAUCUGCAUCCCAGAGUAGACAUAAAGCUCCUGGAAGGCAAAGAUCUUAUCUGUCAUCAUUUUUUGCCAAUUUCCCCUGUGACUAGCCAUAAAUAUUUGUUGUAAGAAAAAUUGAAGUGAUCCAGGUUGCAUCCAUGUGGGUUCUCCUUUAUCUAGUAUAGCAUUUUCAGAUAGUAUGCAUUCAACAAAUAGAUAUUAAAUAAGUGAAAUACCUGCUGGAUUUUUUUUUAUUACCUAACUAUUUUAUGCUUUUUAUGUGAAAUGAACAGAAACUUUAAGAAAGUUUAUGACUUUCUGCCCAAACACAUCUGUAAGCUUACUGAGAUCCAAAAUCAUGCUGUAUAUAUAGAAAUACAGAUAGGAAAAGGCUGCUGACUUUCAGGAUCCUAUUUCAUCUCCUCCGCUCACCAUCGCUCAGGUCUAAGAUGUUGACCUGGAUCAAAUGAGACCUGGCCUGCGUGACUGGAUCAGGCCUGGGCUCUGCUGCAAGUGGUGGCAGGCCUUGGAAAACCGUUCUAGGGGAAAGAGGGGAAAACCUAGUCCCUCUUAAUCUAAUGAAUUAAAAUAAUAUUUGUGCGAAAUAUCUGUUUGCUUUAUUAGAGGAAGAUGUUUAAGUAAACACUUCCUGCAAGCUAUUGAAUUCAUGUAAUAACACGUUGGUUUGGAAUCAGUAACUUUCAGUGUUUUCACUGAAAUGAAAAUUAAGUACAGCAUGCUUCCAAAAACAGCCCAUUGUUUCAGUUUUGUUGCCUGUGUAUUGUUUCAAAGUGGGAUAUUGUGGCCAGCAGGAUUGUUUUCUCUUUAUCGGCAACUUGGAAAUUGGCAAGAAUGAUGCCAAAAUUAGUUAUAAAAGAAGAGCUACUAAUAGCUCCUUGUGGGUUUAUAGAAAUUUAACCUUUAUAACAUACUUCUAUUAUUAUUUGAUCUUCACAAACUUAUACAUUAAAGAGUAGAAGUAUUAUUAUUUCCACUUGACAGAAGAAGAAACUGAGUCCCAGCAAAGGUACUUGAAUCCUCAGGGUUGACAGGGAACUUGUGGAAGAGGACAAGGACCCAGGCCCCUUCUCAUAGACCACAUUGCUGUCUGGAAGGCACCCUCUCUUUCCCCUAGGGAGUGAAAGCACUUUCAUGUCUGAGAUAAUUUAACCUUGCAACAUCCCUAUGGGGCCAGCAGGGCAGGUGUGACAAUCACUUCCCUUUCAGCGAUGGGAAAUGUGGUCGCACGGGUUCAUUGGUUUUGCCAGAAUCAUGCAGUCCGUGUUGGCACCGAGGGUUGGCGCCCAGGCCUCACAACUCUAAGCCCGCUGCCUUCCUGCCAGACUGAGGCCUCUCAGAGGAGGCUCGGGGGCUUUCUGACAUGAGAGCCCGCUGUGAGGAGGCCUUGCUUCCGAGAGAGGGCCUUGCCCUCCUGGCACCCAUGCCGGGCCGUCUGAAUGGUUGGUUCUAAAAUCUCAAUUGGACAUGCAAAUGUCCAGCCACACCGUCGCUGAGGAACAACGCAAAACGGGCAAAGGCAGACAGCUCCUUAGCCUCUUUCUGGGAAUGCCACCUGCCUGUCUGGAUUUUGUGUCCCAUGGCAUCCGCAGGUAGAGUUUGUAGGAUUCCUACACUACAGUUGUUUAAAAACCAAUUUGCAAGACAAGUUGAGGUGCUUCAAUGAAUAAGUUAUAUGGAGAGAGAAAAAUUCUUAGGACUAAGCACAAGGAAGAAUUUGCCGCUUGUUUGUCUUGAGAAGAUAAAACGCAGCAGUGAACAGUGUCUAACUUCAGUUUUAUUUUUUAAAAAAAUUGAGCUCUGUGAGAAGCUUUGUUUUAAUAAUAUUUCGUUUGGUCACUUCACUCUCUAGCCUCUCCCUUUGCACUGAAGCCCAUCUCGAGGUCUUCCUUAGGGAGGUCGUGACCCUGAAACUCUUCUCCCUCUUCCCAGCUGAGCACGGCAAAGCCAGCUCUUCCCAGGUUGGACCCUCAACUCAAGCUCUUGCAUUUUCCUGAGACCUCUUAGGACACAGACCUGGGGAGAGCUUGAGGAUCAGCUUUUCACCCCCUCGAAGUACAGAUGGAGAAACCGAGACCCAGUGAGGUUCCCAAGCUAGGUAGUCCCCGGGCCAGCUCUGAAAGUCAGGCUUCCUGGCGACAGAUCUGGUAUCGUCUUUGAGAUGAAGUCAGCAGCUUGUGGGUACCUGCUUUUUGUCCUUUUAGCAGUGAGGGAGAGAAAAGUAAGUGGGGCCAGAGCCCUGACAUUGUGUACGUUUUCUCAGCAUUCUUUAUGUUGAUUUUAUCUGUUUAUAUGUCUGUCUCCACACUAGACUGAGCUCCUUGAGGACAAGGCACUAGUCAUAUUCAUCCUGGUAUUUUUAACUCCCAGCACUGUGCAUGGUAUGUAGAAAGCCCUCGAGGGCUCGUCGGGCUGAGCCAGUCUGUUUUGUGUAAAGGUCAGCUCUCCUGAGUGGGGAGGAAGUCUCGCUCCUGUGAAGCACCUCACGUCGCAGUCCUGCAGGAUCUCCUCCGACAGUAAACCACGCGAAAUUGUGCCUCACCUGAAAGCAAAACAAGACCCUCCCCCCCAAGAAAACAAAUAGGGAAGCGUCCAUAAUUAGAUUCAGAGGGCAGCUGGAGAGACGAGAGA